AUGGGGGCGGGGAAGACCCAGUGGCCCCCUGCCAGGGUGGCCACCACCCUGGAACAAGCCCUGGCCUCCAGCAUUGCCACCUUCCAUGAGCGCUCGGGGAAGGAGGGUGACAAGCGCCAGCUGAGCAAGGGCGAGCUGAAGGAGCUGCCCAGCUUCAUGGGGAAACAAAUGGAUGAGGCGGAGUUCAGGAGGCUGACGGACGACCUGGACCACAACAAGGACAACGAGGUGGACUUCAAGGAAUACGUCUGCUUCUUGGCCUGCGUUACCAUGGGCUUCAACGAGUUCUUCAAGGACGGCCCUACCAAGCAGCCCCGCAAGAAGUGA